AUGUGUAUAUUACAAAAAUACUUUAAUAUUCAUGAAAUAAUGCGGUAUUUUGACAAAUUUCAAUUAUCCUAUAAGAAAGCAAUUGAGAAUCCAAAAUAUUGUUUUCAUGAUCAACCAAUCAAACAUUGUGAUUCAUUAGAGUUUAUCAAUAACCAUGAAAUGAAAGUGGUUGAAAAUGAAAAACUUCAUUUUAGUAAUGAUAAUAAUAAUAAUAAUAAUAUUGGUAAAAUGAUUUCAACCAUGUCAUCAUCAACGCCAAUUCGUCUAUUCAGUUGUUUCCCGCUUAAUCCGAAUUCGUUAUCCGUUAAUAAUGAUAAUCAUAAUCAUAAUAGCCUGAUUGAUAAACAUCGGACAUUGAACAGAAACAUUGAACACGUUGAAUCAUUAGUUAUGCCGUGUAAUGCUGCUUCACCAUUUCUAUUAUCAACAAUCAAUAAUUCAACGGCUAUCAUGUCCACAUUACCAAUUAACACAGGUCAGAUUGAAGAAUCAACUGGAAUAAUUGGUAAUACAUUGCAUAAUCUGUAUUCAAAGGAUAUUCGUGAUAUAUCUUCGGUAAAAGAUGCAUAUCUCACUACAAUAUCAAAUAAUUUUUUAACUUCAGAAUUAGAUAUCAAAGGAAAUAAUGCAUUAUUGACCUAUGGAAAAGUAUCCAGUGCUUUUCCACAAUUAUGUCAACAUCAUGAACGUCUAUUGGCACAACACUAUGAACAACCAGUAGUUGAAAUAACAAAAACUACUACUACUACUACUAUUACUACAACCACAUUAACAACAAUAGCAGAGACAAUGAAACGUAAUCGUAAUUUUGGCAGUGUUCCACGUUUAAAACAAACACAUACUGAUUUCCAUACAUUGUUCCCUAGUAGUAUACCAAGGAUGCUGGAGUCAACAGAACAACAAACAUCACACACACUAAUGAUGGAUGAUAUUAAUACUGUACAACCACAAAUGAUCACUGAAGCAGUUUGUUCACAACAGUAUAGAUCAUUAGCUGGUCAAAGUACAGCAACAGCUGCUGUGAUGGCAGCUGCUGCAGCUGCAGUCGCUGCACAAGCCAGUUCUUUGUCGAAAGCAGUCAAUUCAUCAAUAACAUUGGAUGCAUUUGAUUUAACUAAUCCAACAACAUCAAGUCCGUUAUUAUUUGUAAAUGAACAAAAAAUUAUUGAACCUGUGACAUUGAAUGAUAACAAGUUUUCUGAUUCAAAACUGUCAAUUAAUCACAAAGUAAUCAAUAUAGUUCAUCUUGAAUGAGACACGAUUGUUCAG